GUUACUUUAUUAAAUUUCAACAGCAAACAAGUGGAUGAUAUCCUAUCUAAAAGCAGAAUAAAACCUGCUGUUCUCCAGGUCGAAUGUCAUCCUUACUUCAAUCAAGCUCAGCUCAUAGAACAUUGCAGGAAAAGAGACAUUGUUGGUGUGUUUAAACAUUCAACCCUGAACAACUCUUCCUGAGGGAAACAGUUCAUUUGUGUCUUAAGGCAGAGUAUCUAAGACAUUACAGGAACCAAUGAGAAAACAGAUUAAAACUUCUUUAUAUAUUACAUUUGCACAUUAGAAUGCAAAAUACCAGAAUGUUAUAAAUGUCAUACCACCUGCUGUUGUGCUCUGUAUGCAUGUGACAACAGUUGUCAGUCAAGGUUUGUGGGUUACAGUGCACUGUUACCUCUGUUGUCUUAGAGUUUGCAAGAUGUGUGAUAGGAAACAAGUCUCAUUGUUGGAUGUUAUAUGACCCUUAAGUUGACCAAUGAGAGCAUGUGUUGCUAGCUAUAUAGGCUGUAUAAUUAUCGCUUAUGAACCACUUCACUACAAUUGACAGUUUCUCUUUACUCAUACUUUCUGUUUGUAGAUUGGAAUUAAGUUCAAUCAAUUUAUACAAUAAUUUUGUCGUUAACACAGUGACAGCAUACAGUCCGCUUGGAUCCCCUGGCCACCCACAGGCUAAACAGGAAGACUGGAGUCUACUGCAUGAUCCAAAGAUAGAGGAAAUUGCCAACGAAUAUGGAAAGUCUCCUGCUCAAGUCUGUAUUCACUUUCAGAUACAGAGGGGUGUCUCUGUUAUACCUAAAGGCGUCACACCUGCCCACAUUCAGAGCAACUUUGAAGUAAGCUUUCAAUAUAUCAAGAUUAUGUGGGAUUGUUUACACAAUCAAUAGGCCACACUUUCUUUUGGUUCAGCAGUGUAAGAACUCAGGCAAGAUCUUAAGACAAUAUGGGAAAAGUUUAUAAAUGCACACCUGUGGCUCAUGAUUUACUAACUUAUUAAGUGUUAUACUUGCACUGCAAGGGAGUUAUUGCUCCUGCAGGAAAACUUUUUAGAAAGUGAUCUUUUGCUUUCAUGAAACAGCUUUAUAUGGGUUUAUUGGGUGAAAGGGCUGUAGCUUAUUGACCAAUCAGAGUGUGCAUGAUAAUUCACUUAUAUUGAAUUGUCAGCAUAGACCAACACCUGUAUCAGUUUAUUGUUUGUCUGCAGUCUCUACAGUGUCAAUAUCACAAAUGACCCUGCAAUAAGCAUGCCUGUAAUUACCAGUAAAUAAGUGAAUACAUGCCAAAACUAAUCUAAAGAAUUAUGAAAUAAAAAAACAUUUAAUAUAUUAAAGUUCACAUGGCAACCAGGUGGGCAAUCAGACAUGGUUUGAUGCUACUCUGGUUUGCAGAUUUAAUGAGUGUAACCUAAGAAGUUAGUCUAGUGCCUUCAUCAGGGGUGAUCAUCACCCCUGAUGAAGGCACUAGACAGGAGUGUUGAAACGUUGGAUCUAUGAAUUACAACUUCUUCGGUUAUAUUCAUUAAAUCUGUAAACCAGAGUAGCAUCAAACCAUGGCCAAAAAACAUGUAUUAAGCAAAAGCAGAGGAAGAAUGUUGCACAUUGUAUUUGUCAGUCAAGAUAUGUAUUGCCACCCACACAUGGUUCUUCUUCAUGUUUUGGUUUGAAUCAAGCUGAUGGUUUUUAUCUUUUCAAAUUGGCUUGGUACUCAUUGAAACAAACAAUAUUUUAGCAAUUAUGAGCAAAAGGUAACAACAUAACAUUCCUUUAAACAUAUGCAGGUCUUUGAUUUCACCCUCUCUGAUGAAGACAUGAGGCUCAUUGAAUCCAUCAACAAAUCUUGGAGAGCUCUUAUUCCCAUGAAAGAAGUAAGUGGUACUGUCCCCUCCUUCCCCACUCUGUCCUCACUUUCCAACCCCUCCCUGCCACUUUUUUCUCUGUUUUACUCAAUCACCCACCACUCUCUGACCUUGCCUGUUCUUCAUACAGAGACAGCAAAGCAUUCUGAAACUUAAUGGGUGGUUCAUCCUGCACCAUACCAAACCUUAGGCCAUACUUUUACUCUGAAGCUUCCCUUAAUGGCUGUGGCAUGGUUUGUCGGCUCAUACCACCCCUAUGGCAUUCUUAUUAGUGUCCACUAUUUUUCCCCCCCACCGGCUCUGAAAUAUUCUUAUUGACCUUCCCCCCUUAAAAAAAAUAUAUGGAUAUAUAUAUAUAUAUAUAUAUAUAUAUAAAUAAAUAAAUAAAUAAAUAAAGUGCCCUAAAUGAAAGAAUUUCUCUUGCCCGAUAUUUUUAUUUAUUCUUAUCAUGUGCCUGCCCAAUGAGAUAUUGAUACUGUAUCUUAAUCACUACUAGGAUUGAAAGAACAAACAGGCCAUAUGGCUGGAAGAGAAAAUUGCACGCUAGAGGCUUUGCUCAAGAGUUAACCUUUUUUCUUUUUCACCUUUUUUUUCAGGUUGACGGUAAGAAAGUCCCUCGAGAUAGUGCUCAUCCUCAUUAUCCCUUCAAUAUUCCAUUUUAA